AUGCGCUUCAAGGGGCUUUCUCUGGCGCUCCUCUCGCUCACAGCCCUCGCAUCAGCGACGGUGGACAAGCGACAGACACAAUCGGUCGAUUAUGCUUCUCUUUCAGCAGCACUUGAAUCCCUCGUUCAACAAAUCCCUACCACCCCAGCCGGGCCCUUCGUCCCUACGAAGACAGUCAACCUGAACAAUCUCCAAGACCCCCCGGCCUCCGUCUUGCCCAUCCUCAUCACAGCUGUGCCGAUGUCAGUGAUGGGCGACCUCGUGGACCCGCAGUCGCGCAGCUCGCUGGCGAGCGAGUUCCAGGCUGGCAACACCCCUGGCUGGUACCAGAGCCUGCCCACGGGCGUCAAGAGCUACCUCUCUGUCGUGCACUCGCAGAUCCAGGAGGGCGCGCUCCAGGCGACGACUUCGCUCCCACUGUCGACGUCCAGCGGUGGUGCCGCUGCACCAGCAGUGCCGACGGGCGCGCUGGCGGCCAACAUUGCGGGCGCGGUGGGCAUUGCCGGGCUGGCGUUGGCGUUGUAG